CUGGAUUCCUGAAUCCCCCCCUGUAUAUAUAUCUGAAUGUUGACUGUACUAGUAGUAGUUUAUCAACAACCAUGGAGAGACAGACCUCCAGUAAUGCAUCUCCUAGGUCAUACAGGAGUCCUGGGAGUGCACCAUCAAGUACCAGUAGUAGCGCCCCUUCUAGUCCAACCACAAGAAGGCGGCGCAAAGCCAAGAGUGGCGGAGCACUAUUCGUUGUCCUCCGAGCCUUGGCCGUAUUGGGCCCUCUUGGAUUCGGGGCAAACAUUGUCUACUUUCAGUUCUAUUUCCCGUACAACAACAAUCCAGAUUGCAAUCCAGAGCACGUCCAUGGCGUUUCCAUUAGAGUCAAAGGGCGGUCGCCCCGUGACAAUUGUCAUGAUUCUCCAACCAGAAAGAUGACCGCACUGGAGGAUGAUGAUUUCACUGACGAGAAUGACCACAAUCUGCCAGCAGUAUUGUCUGGAACAUCAGUAUUAAAGCGUCUCCAAAAACAAGCAGUCUCUAGUUGGCAAGAAUGUGGAUCGUCCUCCAAAGCGACAGUGGCUUUGGUCAAUCAACUAUCUGGCCACAAACAAUCGCUACGAGUUGCGUCUCCGGCAGUAUUGCAACCAUUUGGGUUAAAAGACUCUCUGCUGCAUCUGCCAACAGAGACACAAAGAAGGCUACAAGGAGCUAAUAACAGUUCAUCUUCAACAAAUGGAGGAAUUGAACACUGUCAAAUACCCCAACGAGGCAGUCUGGAAUGCCAGGAAUCCACCUAUGCCAUGAUUGUGACCUUUCAAGGGGAGCACAAUUUUCGACAAUUGUUCAUGAAUUUGCUAGCCUUUCUCACAUUUCCAUCCGUCUCAGAUAUUAUUGUGCUCAUGCCACAUAAAUAUUGGGGGUACAAAGGACAUUCUAUCGUGGAUGUCAAAUACAAGGAAAGACUCCAUGCAUGGCACAACAACAAGCAGCACAAAGUAUGGAUGCAUGCGCUACCCCCCACAUUGGAAAAUGAAGGAAGAUAUAGUUUUGAUUUCAUUGUACACAAGGCUAUGGCUCGACUUGGAUCAGCCAAAGCGAUAUUGUUCAUGGAUGGAAGUACUCUAUGGAAGGGAAACUACGGGGGAAUCCACACUGGGUUUGAAUUGUGGAAGCAACAUCCCCAUGCCCUUGUGGCGGCGGCAGCAGCACCAAUUGGACAAGAAGAAUGCCCCCAAGGAACCUCAUCCUCUUCAUGGGCUGCUUUUUGUCAGUCAUCGUCUUCCUCUAUUCCCAAUGAAAUGAACAAACUGUAUCGUCCGUACCAAAAUGUCCUGGACAUGAAUGGCAUUUUUGUGCACAGAGACCUGCUGUGUCUCCUACAACAACCCCCACUCUCCACCAUUCUAAUAGAAUCUGUAUGGCGCGGCUUGGAUGAUUCUAGCAAUGACCAAGCCACAUCUGCCUCCAUUCGAGCCAUCUUGGGCGCAGCUCUGCUGCAGAUAUCGGGACCAAAUCCACCACUGUUGUUCCCACCACACAUUGCUCGACCCAAGAAUGAAACCAACGAGUACAACGACAAUUGGCAUUAUCUUGCACCGGCCAAAGAGAGAGAAUGGUUGGCGGCUCUUCGUGUCAAUACUACUUGGACACAACAACGAGUAUUGGUGGAGUUGCUGGGGUACUUUGGGAGUGGACUGAGCACAGUGGGACACCAUCAUGCACCGUACUGGUGCAGCAAUGAUCAGAAGCAAAAAGGUGUCUACUUUAUGUCAGACAUGCCUUGGAUUGGACCCAACAGCAAAUGCUGAUGGUGCUAUGACAUUACUAAUUCCUUGAGGAUGAACGUGCCCAAAGCGUACCGAAGUCACGGCCAAUCCGAGAAUCAAAAAACAACAACAACAAUAUCUUUAUAACGGAUAUGGUGUCAAUGGGCAAGCACUCCUGGACUGGCAAUCCGAGAAUCAGUCUGGCUAACCUGCUUGCCAUCUGCUGAUGAUAGCUUUCGUCUAAAACUCCAUAGUUGACGCAAGGAGUGACGCACCCUGCAAAUUGUUUAUGGUCCAAAGAAUCUUUAGAUGUUUGUUGUCUAAUCGUAGCUACAACGGAUGAUCGGCGUCACACAAUAACCCCCUCCUUCACUAGCUGUCGGACGAUAAAACCAGAUAUAAACGUUGGUUUGGUGUCGUCUGUGCUGAUUUUGUUUUCUUCGUCCAGCACUUUGAGAUCUUGGAGGGAUAUCCAUUGCCGCUGGAUUUUCCGACUCCCAAACAAGUCCACCGCGGGAACGUCCUCCAGCCCGGGGAUAUCUGUAGCGUCCAAUGUGAGAUAGACUCCAAUAAUGGUGUUGCUCACGUUGGAAGUGGAUUUGUGGGUGUAGAUUCUCCCGUGGUGGUCCUUGUGAGGAUUUCUGCCAGUCUCGGCCAUUCGGGCGUCGCGAGUUUCAAUCUCCUGUUGCAGUUCCUCUGCUGAAGUUCCUGGCAGUGGCAUGGGAUCUGGCAUUUGUGGGAACAUGGUGUAGAUUCGCAUGGAUUCGACGAGUUUGAUAGGAU